AUGAACCGAUACCCAGCUUUAGUACAGGCAGACCCACGCCCUUGUCUCCUGCUCCUCACCUGUCUGGUGACCCUGUCAGCCUCCGUUCUCAGCCUGGACACACACAACCUGCACAUCUUCAAGAGAUCCAUCGCUAAUAUCACAAAGACAGCUCCAAAGGCAUUUGAAGCUGGUCAAAUCCGGCUGGUGAAUGGCUCCACCCACUGUGCUGGGCGGGUGGAAAUUCUGUACAACAAUGUCUGGGGCACUGUGUGCGAUGACGGCUGGGACUUAAAUGAUGCAUCAGUAGUGUGUCGGCAGCUGGGCUGUGGGGACGCGGUAUCGGCACCAGGCACAGCUCACUUUGGACAAGGAUCUGGUCCCAUCUUACUGGACGAUGUUAAUUGCAGAGGAGGAGAAUCUGCCCUCACAGAGUGCACCUUAAAGCCUUGGGGAGACCACAACUGUAACCAUGGAGAAGAUGCCAGUGUGGUGUGUUCAGCCAAGCCCAAGGACUGCAGUGAGAUCCCCUCAGGCAGCCCCAGCGGCAUCUACCUCAUCCAGCCCACAGGACUGCACCAGCUCGUGGUGUACUGCGACAUGAACGAAACAGCCGGGGGCUGGACGGUCCUCCAGCGGAACCGGCACAACACACAGAUCACCUGGGCUGAGUCCUGGAGCACCUACAAGUACGGCUUUGGCAAUGUGCAGGAUGACUACUGGCUGGGGACGGAGUACAUCUAUCGGAUCGCCAAGCAGAAGGUCUACCAGGUCAGGUUUGUCAUCCACGAUUCAUCCGGCACCAUGAAAUACGCAGACUACAACCUCUUCAGUCUGGAAGACGAGUCCAAUGGCUACAGGCUGAGGCUGGGCUCUUACACUGGGACUGCAGGGGACGCCAUGGCCCCAAACAAUCCUACCACCGUGCAUGACAACAUGAAGUUCUCCACUAAAGACCUGGAUCAGGACACUAACAGUGGGAACUGUGCGUCUAGCCAUGGUGGGGGCUGGUGGUACUCGGCUUGUUAUUCUGUUCGACUGAACGUCAAAGGGAGCAUCACUUGGGGUGGUUUCUGUAGUGGGAACUGCCAAGCCUCUGCCAUCCUCAUCAAACCAGCGUCCUACUGUUAGUCACCCCUUCCCCACCCUCCUGUCUGCAGUGAGGCCAACCCCUGCUCCACGAAGGGAGGGAAAAGGGUCAGAGUGUGUCAUGGACAAACCUCCCACCCGCUCUCACAGGCCUUGCUUG